ACACGCACACACACACACACACACAUGAAGACAGCACCAAUGGAAAUGUGAGUGGUGUUUGGAGAGCUGCUGAUGUUGUUGUUGCAGUGCAGCCACACACACUGUCACACUGUCUGCUGGUUAAAGUGUUGCUGAGCAGGAAGUUACAGAGUAGACUUGAGAGAACGCUAACAGACAUGAGGGUCUCUCAUCAGCUUCUUCUUAUGGUGUUUGUCCUAGCUGGUUUAUGCUCAUUUGUUCACACGUAUGUCUUGCGUCCAAUCCCAGGAGCUCUACAAAACAUCAGUAAGAAUGACACAGGUGUACAGAAGGCAGUCCUGGUGGGAACAUACUCAUUUAACAAUAAAUCCAAUGAUGCUUUUCUGUUCAAAGCCUCGGCUGUUGAUGAUGCAAAGAGACAGAUAGUGAAAGGUAUCCGCUACGUUCUGACAGUAGAGAUCUCUCGAACCAUGUGCAGAAAGAUGGGGAAUAACAAAGACCUCUCCCACUGUCCCUUCCAAACCGACAGUGUGCUAAAGCAGACGUUUCUCUGUCACUUUGAGGUGUGGUCCAUUCCAUGGAUGAAGGCAAUGUCCACAACAUAUUUUAACUGUCAUUCUUCUGAUACUCUCAAAUGACCUUUGUUUCAUCGGGUCCAUUUGAAAUGUCAUGUCACGUUAACAUAACAUCUAACUGACUGUCAAAAGAAUAAAAAAGAGCACUGAAUAGUGUAGAACGGAAAAUGAUUUUAGGUUAGUGACUGGUUAUUGAUCUAGAGAGGCAAGUGACCUUCGGUUUCUAAAAUGCUAAGCUUGUGUUUAAUGCGAUGCUGUGUGCAAAUUAUUCAGUGGCUCUUAUGAAAGAUUUCUCUGACAUGCGGAGGCUUUGUGUUGCUACACUAGAUCAGUGGAUGGGUUUCCUUUCUCUCUGUAAGCCGUGCAGUACGCCAGCGCUCAUUAAAGACACUUCUGAUGGGUUUAUGUGAGCAGAUUUACUCAUGUGAUUUCUGGACUACUCACUUUACUACUCGCUGUGAAACGUGCAUGACAUGUGGCUGAGAUUCAUAAGUCCAUAUGGUCAUUAAAUGGGUACAAGCAUUCAAUGGCACAGUUGUGCUCAACCGGCUUUCCUGUGAGAUGCAGAGUUGACAUGAAUCCAAAUCAAUCCACCCAUAAUGGAAUUAUCACAGAGAAAAGAAACAAAAAUGAAAUCUAAUGAACUGCACAGGUCUAUAUGGAAAACUAUAAAAAUUAUAUAGGGUGAAUAAAGGAAGACCUUGGGUACCGCUAACCUGCAUGCAUUUUAAUGUGGAAGGGACAAUGAAAUAUGAGACUCUAAACAAUCCUGUUAGUUGUGUUAUUUGGGUCAAACCCAACCAUUGGGUUAUGCCUUUUUUGUUAAAACAACCCAACGGUUUGUACCUUUUUGACCCAACGCUAGAUUGAAAAUAACCCAGCAUUUUUAAAGAAUCUUUCACUUUUUUUGAAGUGGAAAUUAUAGCAGUUUACCACAUUUUGAUAUUAAACUAUAACUGCACCCCAUUGAACCCCAACCUUGUAGAGAAAAAAACAUAUUUGGAAGCAUUGAAGCCUAUUUGCUAUUUUACUGAUGCAUGAAUGUCGUGCAUGUUAUUUUUUAUGUCCAUAACACAACCAGAUCAUGUUUUGGGUCUUAUUUGUUCCACCAGUUGAGAACCACAGCAACAGGACAUUAUUGCUGCUAAUUUUUAUAUUGUAUAAAACGAUGAGACUUCCGAGUAAAGUUGUAAA